AGUGGAAAAAGUAAACGAUUGUUUUGAGAGACAGCAAUCACGCGCGAUGGCUUACAGUCUGAUAUUGCGCCCUGACCUUCAGGACAUUCUGAACAGAUACACGGAAAUGCGUGAUAAACUUGUCGCGCUAAAUGCUUUCAGCGAGGAGCAGCGAAAGAUCUUGGAAUCCGAACGAGAGCAGUCGAAAAUAUUGAAGGAGAGAAUGAAAAAACUACUCUGUUGGAUGUUCAAACGUGAGGACGAGUACAAGGCGUCUUUGGACAGUCUGAACAAAAGGAACAACGAGUUGCAGCGCGACUUGGCCAACGUGAAACUUGAACGCGAACGUGCCGAACACACGAACGACGUCAAAGUUCUCAAAUUGCAGGAGGAAGUUGAUUAUUUGCGCAAGCAAGUAGCCCAAUUUGAAGACAAGCUCAAACAGCAAUUAAUGUUGCAAAAUUAUGAUCAUAAGAGCGAAAUUAGUGAAUACAAACGUCUUUUAGAAGAUUCAAAUGCAAGAAUAUCUUUUCUGGAACGUAAUGCAGCAAGAAAAACCAAAUUACACAAUGUAGAGAGCCAUCCUGCCUUAACAAAUGAAACGGAGACAAAAAAAACGGAGACAAAAAGGAAACACAAUUUAGCUGAUAAACUGCUUGUAAAAGUCGAGAAAGUCCAGAAGAGAAGAAAAUUAUUUCGAGAAGACGAGGAAAAUGUGUUUGAUAUUGUUUAAAAAAAAAAAAGAUAACGUUAUAUUUACAUAUUUACAUAUUUGCAACAUUUAAUACGUGGUGCUGGGUAUUUAAUGUAUAAUGCAAAU